AUGGAGAGCAAAAAGGAAGAGGCAGAUUGUGCAUACGACAAAAUAAAGUAUGAAUUUUCGGAUGUGAAAUAUACUGUGGAUCAUGGGAAACUUGAAAUUUUACAUGGGAUCAAGGGUAUUUUACUACCGAAAACUAUAACAGUAAUAAUGGGACCAAGUGGUAGUGGGAAAACAACUUUGCUAAAUAUAUUAUCCAUGAAAGUAACAGAUGGUGUAGAAGGAAAUUUUUUAAUUAACGAUACAUACAGAACGAAACAUAUAAAAAGUUACAUGGGGUAUGUUUUACAAGAUGAUUAUUUUUUUUCACGGUUAACUGUAUAUGAAACUAUUGAAUUUACAGCAAAAUUGAAAUUAGACAUAAGAGAUAAAAAAAAAUUAAGUCAAUUGGUUCAUUCAGUUUUGGAUAUAAUGAGUCUAACCCAUGUUAAGGAUACAAUAGUUGGAGAUGCAUUUAUAAGAGGGAUAAGUGGAGGUCAAAGAAAAAGAUUAUCAAUUGCAAAUGAAAUUCUGUCAAAUCCACCUUUGCUUCUAAUGGAUGAACCAACAAGUGGAUUAGAUUCAUCAUCUGCCUUAUCAUUAGUUGAAUGUAUUCAAAGAAUAGCGAAAAUAUCAAACACUACAAUCAUUUCUUCUUUACAUCAACCUAGUAGUCAAGUAUUUGCAAAGUUUGAUAGACUUAUAGCAAUAACAAAUGGGUAUAUUAUUUAUCAUGGAAAAACAGCAAAUUUGAACAAGUAUUUAAAAAAGGUUGGAUUCAUAUGUCCUUGUGGAUGGAAUGUUGCUGAUUAUUUAAUGGACGUUUUAUGCAACAAUAAAUUUGAAGUCAUUUUACUAGAAAAUUAUAAUAAAUACCUUAAAUACAAUAAUGAAUUAGGGUAUUAUAUGGAUAUUGAUUCUAUUGACAAUAAGGUAAUUCAUGAUGAUUAUGAUACAAUGGUGGAUAAACAAAUUAAUGAAAAUAACGAACAAUUACAAAGUAGUGAAAAAUAUGUGAAUGAGAAAAAAAAAUUAACAAAUAUAUCUAUUCAAGAAAUAAGCAAUACAAGAGAACAAGACUUGGAAAAAUUAAAAGCGGUUGAAGUGUUAAUAUCUUUGCAAGAAAAAAAAACUCCAUAUUUUAGACAAAGUAUCUUUUUAUUAAUAAGAGGAUUAAAAAAAAUUAUAAUGGAUGAAAUAACCAUAGUUAAAGUAAUUGAUCUGGUAGUUAUAUUAACAUUAUUUGGCUUUCUGUGGUCAAAAACGUUUAAAAAUGACACGGAAGAUGGAAUCAUUGAUACAAUUGGUGCAAUUUUUUUUAUAUUAUCUUAUUGGACAUUUUACCCUGCAUACCUAUCUUUAUAUUCCUUUCCUUCAGAAAGAGAAGUAAUAGCAAAGGAAAGAAACAUGAAAACAUUUCAAAUCAGUAAUUAUUUCUUUUCAAAAGUUUUUGCAGAAUUUAUUUUUUUUUUCGUAUUAAUAUCAUUUUGGGUUCUAGUCACACAUCUUAUCCUUUAUGGAACCCUUAAAUUUGAGGUAUACAUAAGUUACUGGUUUGUAACUUUGUUAAAUGCAUUGAUUAGUAGUUCCUUGGGAUAUUUUAUAUCAACAAUUUUCGACAAUUUCAGCAAAGCUAUUAGUUUUUUAUCUGUUGUUUUAUUAACUAUGACACUUACCAAUGGGUUUUAUGUAGAAAUUUCCAAAUUACAAAUACCUUUCAGAUAUUUACAAUGGUUAUCCUAUCAAACAUAUUCUGCAUCAGUUCUUGCAAAAAUCAAAUUUGAUAAUGCUAUUAUUAAAUGUUCCUCUGAAAAUAUGUCUUUCACUUGUCUAGAUCAAGGGGUCUUUCCUGGCAGCGUAAUAAUAGAGAAGAGAUUUGCUAAACUUCACAUUUCUCGAUCCAUUUUCAUUCUCGUCAGUUUCUACAUUAUUAUCAAGGCAGCAACGUACAUAUCUCUCAGGUGGUCUCACGCAUUGAAGAUGAAGUAA